CACCUGUCUGCCCACUCCAUGAUUAUCAUGAAAAGCAACCCACCCACCCACGUGAUUGACCCUGCAUCGCAGCAUCCAGCAGUGACACUCGAGGAUAACAGGGGGAGGAAUCUGAAAUAACGGUGGGGGGGCUGAAGUGCCUUUACCUGCCGGCCCGCUCGAGACAGAGACCCAGACGGGCCCAACACAGCUGAUCAGAACAGGCUGAACAUCGGUAAACAAAAUCAGCAUCAUGUCAAAAGAGGUUGACAGAAGCCAGGUGUUUCAAACCACCAGAGUGCGGACUUCAUUGAAGAAUGAUCUCAGCUGGAUCCAGAUAUCAAAUCAGCAAAGCCACGAGGGAGACAAUGCAAGCAGGGACCAGGCUGCGGAAACCAGACCCGCCCCGGUCAGACAGAAGUCAUACGUCCUGUCCACAGCCAAGAAAUUUGAGCCCCAAGCGCUCACAGGAGGACUUAUUCAAAAUGGUGAGGCACAGCCUGAAAAAUCUGUUGCCACCGCAGUUGCAGAAAACAAGGAUGAACAUGCUGCUGCAACAGUUGACCAGUCAAACAUUGAAGCCAAUGAGGGGGCUGCUGAGGUCUCUGCAAAUGUUCAUGUUGAAGAACCUAUCCAAAAUGGUGAGGCAAAACCAGUUUCCUCAACCAAAGAAAAUCCAGAGGCAGCGUCUCCCGUGGAGUCAUCUGCGCAACCAGUUGCCAACACAACAGCAGAAAACAAGGGAGAAUAUGCCGACACAGCAGUUGACCAGUCAAAUGUAGAAGACAGUAAGGUCAAGGUCUCUGCAGAUGCUCAUGUGGAAGGUUCAAUGGCAGAAACCUCCGCUGCAGCUGGUACACAGGAGAAUAAAGGAAGUGCUGAAGUCCCUGCUGCACUUGAAGUCAAACUGAGACCUCAAGAAGAACCAGCUGAACCAGAGCCGAUAAAUGCAACAAAUUUGGAAGAUGCAGGAGUAGAAUCUACUGCGCAACCUGGAGGGAAGAGCUGUGAGAAAUGUCCUCCAGUACAGGCUGCAGAAGAAUUUGUUGAGGCUCUAGCUGAGGUUAAUGUGGAGUCAUCACCUGAGACCUCUGCUGUGUCUGAUGCAGCAGGAGGAGAGGCUGCUCUUCAACACAGUGUGGAACCAGUCCCUGACUUGGUGGCAGGUGCUGUAUCUGAAUCGUCUCCUCAACUUGGUGCUGAAACUGCUACAGAGUCGAGUUGUGAGAAUGGUCCUCCAGAACAGGCUGCAGAAGACACUGUUGAAGCUCGAGCUGAGGUUAAGGUGGAGUCAUCCCCUGAGACCCCUGCUGUGUCUGAUGCAGCAGGAGGAGAGGCUGCUCUUCAACACAGUGUGGAGCCCGUCAUAGCCUUAGUGGGAGGUACUGUAUUUGAAUUGCCUACUCAACCUGCUGCUGAAACUGCAGUCAAGUCUGCUGAGUUUAAAGUCGAUUCUGCUGCCCCCGACGAGCCAGUUUUACAGAUCAGAGCUGCAGAGGUAGUUAAGUGUGAAGUCCAGCCUGUUGAUGACACUGUUGUCGAGCAAAGGCUCGAGCCAACGCCUGAGGACGCAGCAGGCCGCGUGGUGGAGCUGAGCAUCGAAGAUGCAGUUGAACCUGGAACAGCUUCAGAUUGUGAAGCUGUUGCUAAGGAGAUGAAACUGAACCAACAGUCUGAUCAUACUGACAUGUAUAGCAAAGCUGUUUGUUCAGUCUGUGGUAUAAUAAUUGAUGGACAUGUCAAGAUCACGUUGAGUGAACCUCUGAUGCGCUGCCACCCCGACUGUCUGAAGUGCGGUGUGUGUGCUAAGGCCCUGGGAGAUCUGCUGACCCCCAUGUUUUUGCAUAACCAAGUGAUCCAAUGUGAUGGCUGCUUUGCAAAGGCUCUGUAGACCUGAAGCCUAACUGGGACAAAUAUGUCAUCAGAGAAGACCCAAAGCAGACUGAGAUUAAUGUGUUGUUUGGGCUAUUUAAAUAAGUGCCUCAUCACUGGUGCCUUAAAUCUGCAGUAUAUUCUGUCUUUUGAACCAAUUUCUGAAUGUUUUUUAGGACAUGGUGUAGUGCCCUUUUUGGAUUGCUGGGAUUUAGAGUUCUGUGAUGAAAAGGUCUGGUGCAUUUUAUGUAUUGUGGUGAUUACCAAAGAUGUUUAAAUGAAAUGCAAUCAACAUGAAAGAUUUUUUAUUGCAAUGUAUUAUAAAUGGUUAAAAUAAAAUUACAUAUUCUUGCCUAUUAAAAUGUUUAAUCAGC